AUGGAAGAGAAGGGUCUUACGUAUGACAUCUGUCCCCCUGCAGUCUUACCAUCUGGGCGUGACGAGAGCCACGUGUCAAAGCGUACUGACAAGAAGCCAAGCAAGUCCGAUCUCUGCCAGAGCACGAGUCUGGGGUGUCACGGGCGAACAUAUAUAAACAAGAAACCGCACAAGUGUGACCUCUGCCUGGCAGAGUUCAGCUGGAUUGCGCACCUGCAACUUCACAAGCGAGCGCACACUGGCAAAAAGCCACACAAGUGCGACGGCAGCCCGUCAGAGUUGAGCCAGAGCUUCCAGCUACAGCGUCACAAAGAGAGAAACUCGGGCGAGAAGCCGUACAAGUGCCAUCUCUGUCCUGCAAAGUACAGCCAUAGUAGGAGCCUGAGAUAUCACAAGCAAACACACACGGGCAAAAAGCCACACAAGUGCGACGUCUGCCCUGCGGAGUUCAUCCGGAACGAUCAACUGCUGCUUCACAAGCGAACGCACACGGACGAGAAGCCAUACAAGUGCGAUGUCUGCCCUGCAGUGUUCAGCAGGGGCGGGAAUCUACAGCAGCACAUGCGGAUGCACACGAGUGAGAAGCAGUACAAGUGUGACCUCUGUCCUGCAGAGUUCAGGCACAGCUCGAGCCUGUCAUAUCACAGGCGGACACACACGGACGAGAAGCCCUACAAGUGUGAUGUCUGUCCAGCAGUGUUCAGACAGACCAUACAAGUGCGAUAUGUCUGCCCUGCAGUGUUCAGCCAGGGCAGGAACCUACAGCGGCACAAGAGGGUACACACGGGUGAGAAGCCAUACAAGUGUGAUGUCUGUCCAGCGGUGUUCACCCUGAGCGGGAACCUAAAGCAGCACAAGAGGGUACACACGGGUGAGAAGCCAUGCAAGUGUGAUGUCUGUCCUGCGGAGUUCAGCCAGAGCAGGAGUCUACAGCUGCACAAGAGCAUACACACUGACAAGAAGCCAUUCAAGUGUGAUGUCUGCCCUGCGGAGUUCAGUCAGAGAGGGCAGUUACAGCAGCACACGUGGACGCACGCGGGCAAAAAGCCGCACAAGUGCGAUGUCAGCCCUGCGGAGUUCAGCAGGGCCGGGAAUCUACAGCAGCACAUGCGGACGCACACGAGUGAGAAGCAGUACAACUGCGACCUCUGUCCUGCAGAGUACAGGAACAGCUCGAGCCUGUCAUAUCACAGGUGGACGCACACGGGCGAGAAGCCAUACAAGUGUGAUGUCUGUCCAGCAGUGUUCAGCCAGAGGGGGAACCUAAAGAAGCACAAGAGGGUACACACGGGCGAGAAGCCCUACAAGUCUGAUGUCUGUCCAGCAGUGUUCAGCCAGAGGGGGAACCUAAAGAAGCACAAGAGGGUACACACGGGUGAGAAGCCAUACAAGUGUGAUGUCUGUCCAGCGGUGUUCACCCAGAACGGGAACCUAAAGCUGCACAAGAGGGUACACACAGGUGAGACGCCAUACAAGUGUGAUGUCUGCCCUGCAGAGUUCAGCCAGGGCAGGAGCCUAAAGCAGCACAAGAGGGUACACAAGGGCGAGAAGCCAUACAAGUGUGAUGUCUGUCCAGCGGAGUUCAGCCAGAGCGGGAACCUAAAGCAGCACAAGAGGGUACACACGGGUGAAACGCCAUACAAGUGUGAUGUCUGUCCUGCGGAGUUCAGCCAGAGCGGGAGUCUACAGCUGCACAGGAGGGUACACACGGGUGAGAAGCCAUUCAAGUGCGAUGUCUGCCUUGCAGUGUUCAGCCAGGGCUGGAGCCUAAAGCAGCACAAGAGGGUACACAUGGGUGAGAAGCCAUUCAAGUGCGAUGUCUGUCCUGCAGUGUUCAGCCAGGCCGGGAGCCUAAAGCAGCACCAUAGGGUACACACAGGUGAGAAGCCAUGCAAGUGUGAUGUCUGCCCUGCGGAGUUCAGUCAGAGAGGGCACUUAUAACAGCACAUGCGGACCCACACAGGCGAGAAGCCAUACAAGUGCGACCUCUGUCCUGCAAAGUUCACCCGCAACACGACCCUGAGAAAGCACAAGCAGAAGCACACCGGAAAGGAGCCGUAGAAGUGCAAUUUCUGUCCUGCAGAGUUAAACCUGGAGUAAGCACCUGCAGGUCUGUAAUUGGAUACACAGAGGCAAAAAGCGAUACAAGUGCGAUGUUUGCCCUGCAGUGUUCAGCUAGAGAGGGAUGCUACAGUUUUACAAGCCGACACCUACGGGCACGAAGCCAUGCAAAUGCGAUGGGAGUUCAGCCAGAGCGGGAGCUUACAGCAGCACAAGGAGACAUACACAGAUGAGAAGCCCUACAAGUGCGAUCUCCGUCCUGCACAGUUGAGGCACAGCCCGGGCCUGUCGAAUAACAGGCAGACACACACGGGCGAGAAGACAAGUGCGAUGUCCACCCAGCAGUGUUCAGCCAGAGCAGGAACCUACAGCUUUGCAAGCAGUCACAAACGGUUGAA